UGUUGCCGUUUACGUUUGCCUGCCUAAUAUAAUGUUUGCUUGGUGGAGACUUGAAGGUCACCUGUCUCCUGACAACACAUGCAACUCAUUCUGUUUGCAGGGAAACAUACAUCCUCGUGAGAGUGUCCCUUCAAACGUACAGACCACGGGAUAUAUCAUCACCACUUGUUGAGAGAGAGAGAGAGAGAGAGAGAGAGAGAGAGAGAGAGAGAGAGAGAGAGAGAGAGAGAGAUGGGGGGCAGCGUGUUGAUGAGAUGCGGCGGGAAUACUCGUGAUGUUGCUGGGGCGGUUGAUGAUGUUUCCGCAAGCUCCGGUGACUUGCAUCUGGUAUCGAGGGAAGAGCUGAAUGGGGAAUCAGAGGAUCUUUCUGGUGCAGAUACUAGUGCUCGUGUCAGUGGUCUUGAAGGCUCUAUGGAUAGUAGCAGGGCCAGUUCUAGCGGAGAUGCUGGGGAUGCCCAUCAUGCGAACAGGGCCAAUGAGUCCUCAGGCUGUUGUUCGGUCCUUAGAGGCGAGGACUCUGAGGAUCUCAAGCAGGGCAUCUGUGGUGUUGAGGAUGCGUGUGUCAAUGCUGGUCCCGAUUGGUCGGAUAUGGUGGACGAGGUGCUUGCGCUCAUCUUCAGCUUCCUUACAGUUAGAGAGCGAUUCCGUGCGGGUACGGUGUGCAAGAGAUGGUGUAGGGCUUCACACAACCCUGCGUGCUGGACAAAGGUGCGGAUGGCGACGCACAGUGAGAAGUGCAUCAGGGACGUCUUGUUGCGGAGCAGAGGUCAACUGGUCGAUCUCAGCCUCGAUUUCACCAAGCAUUCCAUGCUGCGGAUGAUCGGAUAUUCUUGCCCCCUUCUCCAGCGAGUCGACUUUUGUUUUCUCGGAUUCGGCGAAGAUUGGCUUCCCUCCGUCGAGGCUUUUGUUCAUGGAUGUCCUCAAGUUCACUCUUUGAAGCUUUGGCCAAUUUCCCGGAGGCCCUCCAGUAUCCACAUGUCACUCUGCAUCAGGAUCUUGCUGACCGGCCUUCCACAUUUGCUUUCCUUGAGUCUGCGGUCUGACGAGAUCUCUGACCGUGAACUGAGCAUCAUUUCAGAAACUGCUCCUCAAUUAGAGGCCCUGGAGUUGAGUGGCAAGAGAAUAACAGAUCCUAGCUUGGACCUCAUUGGGCGAAAACUCGAUAACUUGCGGGUGUUCGUUAUUCACUGAUGGCACAGCAGGGAUGGAGGCUUGGAGGCUUGGGGAGCUGAGUCAGUGUUUGCUCGGAAACGACGGAAAGAUAUCGAUGCAAAGUGACCAGGUUUGAGUGCGAUCACCGUGAUCUUGACGAGUCAUUGAUGACGAUGUGAAGUACAAGAAAGAGUCUUGAAUUAUCUCUGUAACGGUUACAGGAUCGGGCCAUUCCUGUGCCACGGUGUGGUCGAUGACACUGCCAAUGCAUGUUUCAUGGAUGUUUCAUGGAUGUUUCAAUGGAACAUUCCGAAAGACUUAGUAACGAGUCGUGAAUUAUCUCCAUAACGGUUACAGAAUCGG